CCUCCGCAUCGGUUCACACGCGGCGCAGGCAUAAAAGGGUCGGCGAGCCACAGAACCAGCAAAAGCCUCUCCUCGAUCACCUUGCCAGUUAACUAGACCCGGUUUGUUGCGAGUUAGGUCAUCGAUCGCCUCUCCUCUCCUCUCCCGCGCUUUUUGCGCGCCCGCUCUCGCAUGCGAGCUCGGUGCAACCCUCCCUCCUAAUCCUACCGCUCAGGCAGCUACCCGGAGUCGCUCACCAGUGCGUGCGCCCGAACCGUGGCCAUGUGCCCAUGCACGCGCUAGGUGAUCGGGGUCCAACCAAACGCUGCCCACCUCCUCCACUUCCCUUAUAUCCUUCGCACGUCUUUGCUCGGCCCUCGGCUUGAUUGCUUCGACUCAUCGUCCAUCAGUCCACGUCUCGACAACAACACGCGCGUACAAAGGCCAGGAGCCCAAGAUCAUCCAUGGUGAUGAUGCCCACGCCGGCGUCCCGGCGCCGCUCCGUGGUGGCGGAGCUGGAGGGCGCGCUGCUGCGUGGCGCGGACACGUUCCCGUACUUCAUGCUCGUGGCGUUCGAGGCCUCGGGCCUGCUGCGGUUCGCGGCGCUGCUGGCGGUGUGGCCUCUGCUGCGGCUGCUGGAGCUGCUGGGCAGGGGGCGCCUGGCGCUGCGCCUCGCGGCGUUCGUGGCCACGGCGGGGGUGCCGCGGGCCGAGGUGGAGGCCGUGGCACGCGCCGUGCUGCCCAAGUUCUUGGCCGACGACGUCGACGCCGCGGCGUGGGCCGCGUUCGGGGGAUGCGAGGGGAGGCGCGUCGUGGUGACGCGGAUGCCCCGGGUGAUGGUGGAGCCGUUCGCCAGGGAGCACCUCGGCGCGCACGAGGUGGUCGGGUGCGAGCUGGAGUACAGCCGGCUCAGGCGGUCAACGGGGAUCGUCAGGGGCGGCGGGAAGGAAGCCAUGGCUGACCGCGUGCGCGCGCUGUUCGCCGACGGCGGCUGGCCGGACCUCGGGCUCGGCCGGUCAGAGAUGGCGCACUCCUUCUUGCCGUACUGCAAGGAGCAACUCCAGCCGCCGUUCACCGCGGGCGACGUGAUGAACGCCCCGCCAUUCCGGCCGGUCAUCUUCCACGACGGCCGCCUCGUGUGCCGUCCCACGCCGUUCAUGUCCCUCGUCAUCCUCGUCUGGCUCCCCCUCGGCGUGCUCCUCGCCUUCGUCCGCAUCGGCGUCGGCAUUACGGUCCCCAUCUGGAGCAUCCCCCGCAUCGCGCCAAUCUUCGGCGGCGCCGUCAUCAUGCACGGCCGCGCGCCUCCCCACGUCGGCGCCGGCAACAACACCCCGGACGGCUCGCCCUCGGGCGUCCUCUUCGUCUGCACGCACCGCACGCUCAUGGACCCCGUGGUCCUCGCGACCGUCCUCGGCCGCCGCGUGGCCGCCGUGACGUACUCCAUCUCCCGCCUCUCGGAGAUCCUCUCGCCUAUCCCGACGGUGCGGCUGACGCGCGACCGGGACGUGGACGCGGCGCACAUGCGCGCGGAGCUGUCCCGGGGCGACGUGGCCGUCUGCCCCGAGGGCACCACAUGCCGGGAGCCCUUUCUGCUCCGCUUCUCCGCGCUCUUCGCCGAGCUCAGCGACCGGAUCGUGCCCGUGGCGAUGAACUACCGCGUCGGGCUCUUCCACCCGACGACGGCGAGGGGGUGGAAGGCCAUGGACCCCAUCUUCUUCUUCAUGAACCCGAGGCCCGUCUACGAGGUGACGUUCCUGAACCAGCUCCCCGCCGAAGCGACGUGCGCGGCGGGCAAGAGCCCCGUCGACGUCGCCAACCACGUGCAGCGGAUUCUCGCCGCCACGCUCGGGUUCGAGUGCACCAGCCUCACGCGCAAGGACAAGUACAGGGUGCUCGCGGGCAACGACGGCAUCUUCAACGCCAAGCCGCCGCCGGCCGCGGAGCCGGCGUGGCAGCGCCGCGUCAGGGAGGUCCUCGGGUUCCUUCUCCACUAAUCACCAUUCACCAGAUGCGGAGGCGCCACGUAUGAAGAGGUGUUUGUUGGGGGAGAUAUUCCUCCCCAACGGAUGGUAAGAAAGCAACGGCCACAGACGGUUAUGCACUCUGAUGAGAUCAAUCAUAACACUUCUCUUUGAUUGAUUCAUCCUUGUAUAUUGAUUAAUGAGUAACUCCUAAAAAGCCUAUAAAAAUAUGAGAAGAAAAAUAUUGACGGUAAUAUACUAUUGAAAGCAUAGUAGGAAAAAUCUUAAGAGAAACUAAUAUAUAUAUAUGCUGGUAUUGAUAUUGCCUCAUUAAAAACUUUAUAUGAGAAAAUUAGAGAGCAAAACUCAAAAAGUAAAAAGAGUGCAAUAUAUAUGGUUUGAUGAUCAUUAACAAGUUAUAUAUCUUAGGAGUUUACUCCUCUGAACUUUGUAACUCUCGAAGUCGUAUCGUACAAAUUUCAUAAAUGAAAUAAAUAUACUAGCAAAGACUUUGUGAAUAAUUAUGUAAGAUUAUCACAUUAUAUCGUUUGCAAAGUAUCUAUCUCAUUUUUCUGUAAUUCAUGAGGAUUAAAUAAUUUUAGGCAAUAUGCUAUGUAAUAUUACACUUUAUAUAACAUGU